GGAAGCUGUUCGGACGUGCUGGUGACAUCAGAGGAAACCGGGAGAAGGAAGCUACCCCGCCUUUGCACCGGUGCCCCUGCCGUGUAAGUGUUGCGCCGCGGUUGCGAUGGUGAUUAUGGAACAUAAACAUAACAUGAAAACAUUGGAUCUCAGGACCUACAUAUACACUCCCGGCCUCAUCAAGGUAUAAUCGAAGCCAAAAUGUCUACUAUGCAAGCCUGCCACGGCCACAACGAGGCCUGCUGCAACAUCCCUCCCGUCGUCACCUCCGGCUACAAGCCCAAGGGUUCCUACAGCGAGUACGAUGGUCUGAAGACCUAUGUCACCGGCCCCGAUGAUGCCACCAAGGGCAUCGUCGUCAUCUACGACAUCUUCGGCUACUUCGACCAGACCAUCCAGGGCGCAGACAUCCUGGCCACCAGUGACGACACCAAAUACAAGGUGUUCAUGCCCGACUGGUUCAAGGGCGAGCCCUGCCCCAUUGAGUGGUACCCUCCCGACAACGACGAGAAGAAGAAGAACCUGGGCGCCUUCUUCGGCAAGAACCCUCCCCAGGGUGUCGCCGAGAAGCUCCCUGCCUUUGUCAAGACCCUGAGCGCCAAGCACGCCAACAUUAAGUCCUGGGGUAUCAUCGGUUACUGCUGGGGCGGCAAGGUCGUCUCCCUAAUCACCUCCAACGCCGAGACCAACCCCUUCUCGGUCGCCGCCGAGUGCCACCCGGCCAUGGUCGACCCCGAGGAGGCCAAGGGCAUCAAGGUGCCGCUGAUCAUGCUCGCCUCUAAGGAGGAGCCCGACGACAAGGUCAAGGAGUUCGAGCAGAACCUCAGCGUGCCCAAGCACGUUGAGACCUUCAAAGACCAGAUCCACGGGUGGAUGGCGGCGCGGGCCGAUCUGAAGGAUGAGCGCGUCAAGAGCGAGUAUAUCAGGGGGUACAAGACUGUUUUGGAGUUCUUUGGCAAGAACUGGAAGUAAAUGACGGACAUGUUGAUUGAUGUAGAUGGAUGAUUUGAUGACCUGAUGAUGACGAAUACCAAUUAAUGAUUGGAUUGAACCAUGAAUGUUGUGGAAGGAAUGCAUUGAUAGGUGCAACAGUCGGAACCAGUUUACAACAAUUGGCGUGGUGGCAGAGUGGUCUAAUGCGCAAGACUAGAAAUCUUGUUCCUUCGGGAGCGUCUGUUCGAAUCAGGCCCACGUCGCACGAUGAUC